AUGAGUUCCGCUACCUACGUGGCCGCCAAGAGGACUGGCCUGGCCAACGCUCUGAACGUGACUGCCUCCGACAUUGAAAUCACGGGCUUCGCCAUCACGAGCCAUCCCGAUCGGAUCCCCUCUGCUGCCCGCCAGCUCUCGCGGGACUCACAUGUCACCGUAACGACGAAGUUCACGGUGCAGAUCGCUGGCAGCAACAGUGCCGAAUCUCUCACCGCCGCGAUUGCUGGAAUGUCUGCCGCCGUUGAGGCCGAGACCAACUUGGCUAUGGCUGCUUCUGACUGGAGUAGUGAACCGGUCAUUACCGUGGCCCCUACGCUGACGGCUCCCUCCGUCGGCGCCGCGGGUUCGACUGCGGGAGUGACCAGUGCUCCCACGCCGGUUCCCGUGAUCAUGGGGGCCAGCAUGGGCGCCGUCGCGGGCACCGGCGAUCCCCACUUGCAGAACAUCCUCGGCGAGCGCUUCGACCUCAUGCAGGCGUCCGCCGCAAAACAAAUACACAGACGCCCUCCAGUGGAUUGUUCCUAG